AUGUGUGUCAAGAGCGCUGGGUUUAAAUACCAGACUGCAGUCAACGGCCAGGACGCCUUGGAGAAGUUUAAGAACGAUCGAUAUGACGCUGUAGUAAUGGGUUGGUCGCGGCCCUUCUCUCUAAUUAUGGCAAAGCGAGAUAAGGCUAACUUAGUGGUAGAUAUCUCUAUGCCGGUAAUGGACGGUCUGACAGCUACGCGGGAAAUGAGACAUUUCGAACGCAAGAAGAAGUUACCACCUGCCACUAUAAUUAUACUCACUGCUGUUUUGUCAGCCUCGAUGCAGCACGAAACCAUGAUGAGUGGGGCCAAUAUGUUUCUCACAAAGCCUACGCCGCUGAAGCAAUUGAAAGAAACACUGCGAAAGCUAUCUGAAGGGAAGGAUGUGUCUGAUGAUAUGCGAUCAUGA